GGGGGCAUGGCGCUACAAUGCGCUACAGAUCUGCCAAAAGAAGACAUAGAACAACUGAAUACACGUUAGACGCCAUCGGGGCGACCAUUCCUUUUGUAACUUUUGGGAAGUUAGUAUGGCUCUGACCUGUUAGAGAUAGAAAAUAGUUGAAUAUUAUAUAUUAUAUUAUUAAUUGUAUUUUUUCAUUGGCUCCAUCACUUUGGCUCAAGGGCCGAAAUUCGCACGUUUGCCAUUUGGCAUCCACCGGCUUCCUUUCUUGAAGCUUUACAGUCGUCCGUCUUCAUCAUGCGCGACAUGCGUCGUGACUCCGAUGAAGAACAGCCAAUGAUCAGCUCCAGUGAUGAUGAUGAAUCGCCACGUGUCCAGGGCAAGACAAUUGCGCUCGCAGUGCUGGGAGUCACACUAUUUUUGGGUGCUCUCUACAUGUGCGUUCCAAUGUCCGGGCUCAGCUCUGCUCAUUCCACGGGGCUUCAGGGCAAGAGCGACUUAUGGUCCCUGUCCAUUCCCUCAGAGCUCAAGGAUGCCUACAACUCUGUGAAAGAAGGGGUUGAAUCUGUUCAUAAAGGGGUGAAUGAUCAAGUAUGGCAGACACAGCACCAGGAAAUGAUGGAGACCUUCAACAAAUAUGAUGUGAACAGCGACGGGAAGAUCGACCGCGAUGAAUUGGUCACCUGGGUCUUUGGCCCGAAGAAUGCAGAUUCAGAUGAGGUCAAAAAGAGCGUGAAGUGCUUCAUCGAGAAGUUUGGAUCCAAAGAAGGCGAGUUGACCCCCCAGGAGAUGUACUACGUGUUUGCCCCCAUUAUCAAAUCAACUGACGGCUAUUUGAGCAAGAUUGGCUGUUAGUGCCAUGACAAGCGCCCCAGCAUUGGGCAUGCAUGCACCUUUGCCGCACCAGCCCGCAGCAAGGUUUUUUGAGCAGUCUUGCAAGGUAAAAAUCCACGGAAGGCUGCUGCAAGUUUGUCCAUUGUCCUCCAUAUGUAUUGUGUUUUGAUGUUUUUUGGUAUGUUGAG